UAAAUACCGCGUGGAGGGAGGGGGGGAGGAGGGCGGAGGGGCUGGAGGUUGUUGGGCUGAUGAGUUUCUGAGGUGCUUGGUGAAGGGACACCAGCGACCCCUGAGCCGGGGUCAGUCGCCCUUCUCCUCCCGUCUCCGCGCCAGAUCCGGUGCUAUCUCUUUUGUCCAGACUCAAGUGACACACAAUGCCCUUCCAUGGAGAGAAGCAGUGUGUGGGCGAGGACCAGCCAAGCGACUCGGACUCUUCAAGGUUUUCGGAAAGCAUGGCUUCACUCAGCGACUAUGAGUGCUCCCGGCAGAGUUUUACGAGCGACUCCUCCAGCAAAUCCAGCUCUCCUGCUUCAAUGAGCCCUCCUAGGGUGGUAACCUUUGAUGAAGUUAUGGCUGCAGCCAGGAAUUUAUCAAACAUGACUCUUGCUCAUGAAAUUGCUGUAAAUGAGAACUUCGAGCUGAAACAAGAUGCCCUCCCAGAGAACAGCUUGGCUGGCCGAGUGAAGCAUAUUGUGCACCAGGCCUUCUGGGACGUCUUGGAAUCAGAGCUGAGUGCCGAACCUCCUGAGUAUGAACAUGCCAUCAAACUGUUUGAAGAAAUCAGAGAGAUUCUUCUCUCUUUUCUGACUCCUGGAGGCAACCGGCUUCGUAACCAGAUCUGUGAGGUUUUGGACCCAGACCUCAUCAGGCAGCAGGCCGAGCACAAUGCUGUCGACAUCCAAGGCCUGGCCAACUAUAUCAUCAGUACGAUGGGUAAACUGUGUGCUCCCGUGCGAGAUGACGACAUCAGAGAGCUAAAGGCUACCGGCAACAUCGUGGAGGGGCUGAGACAAAUAUUUCAUGUCCUGGACCUCAUGAAAAUGGACAUGGCCAAUUUUACAAUUAGGAGCCUUAGACCACACCUUCAACGCCAGUUGGUGGAAUAUGAGAGAACCAAGUUCCAGGAAAUUUUGGAAGAAACUCCAAGUGCUCUUGAUCAGACCACAGAAUGGAUAAAAGAAUCCGUCAAUGAAGAAUUACUUUCUUUGUCUGACGCUGCUGUAACUCCUGGGGUGGAAAAUAGCUCCAAGCCAAGCCUGAGUCCUACACUGGUGCUAAAUAACAGUUACUUGAAGCUGUUGCAGUGGGAUUAUCAGAAAAAAGAAUUACCUGAGACACUCAUGACAGAUGGAACACGUCUUCAGGAACUGACAGAAAAGCUGAAUCAAUUGAAAAUUAUUGCCUGCCUGUCCCUAAUUACCAACAACAUGGUGGGUGCUAUUACAGAAGGCCUGCCUGAGCUUGCAAACAGGUUAAAAAGGAUUUCAGCUGUUCUUCUUGAAGGCAUGAACAAAGAGACAUCUAACUUAAAAGAAGUCUUGAAUUCAGUUGGUGUUCAGACUUGCGUUGAAGUCAACAAGAGCCUGACGGAGAGAGGCUUACCCACUUUAAAUGCUGAGGUUCAAGCUAAUCUCGUGGGUCAGUUUUCAAGCAUCGAAGAGGAGGAUAAUCCUAUUUGGACCUUGAUUGAUAAACGAGUCCAACUAUACAUGAAAAGUCUACUUUGUCUUCCAAGCCCUCAAAAAUGUAUGCCCCCGGUGCCAGGAGGCCUUGCUGUCAUUCAGCAGGAACUAGAAGCACUGGGCUCUCAAUAUGCAAGCAUUGUGAAUCUCAACAAGCAAGUGUAUGGACCAUUUUAUGCAAAUAUACUUCGAAAGUUGCUCUUCAGUGAGGAAGCCACAGGGAAGGUAGUUGCUUCGACUCCUACUAACUAAAGUGGAUCUGGCAUUGGAUAAGAGGUUGGAAAUUCAACAUUUUGGUACCCAGUUGCUUUACAUGGAUGGCAUUAUAGAUGCGGCACAUUCUCAGUACCAUCCAUGGUACAGUGUUAGCCUGAUCUGUGUUAUCCAGUCAUAUUAGCAUUACAGAAGAUGUGCACAUCACAUAGACCCGAUCUGUGCAUCAUUUUCAAGUUCAAAACAGAGAUUUUUUUUAAUGACAGCAAUUUGUAAUUAAUUAUAUUACUUAUAUAAGACUUCUAAAUGUUUUCUUAAGCAUUUAUAUUUGGCCCAUUCUUUCUUUUUUUUCUUUUUUUUUUAUUUAAUAAAUGUGAAUUUACAAAGUGCAACUUUUGUAUUGUUGUGGCUCCCCCCCACAACCUCCCUCCCUCCCUCGGCCCUCCGCUCUCCCACUCCCUCUCCCAUCCCACCCUUCGUCGAGUUUCAUUUUCAAUUACCUUCAUAUACAGAAGAUCAACUUAGUAGACACUAAGCAAGGAUUUCAAUAGGCUGCACGUACACAACCGCACAAGAUAUAGGGCAUUGUUCGACUAGUAGUGUUGUCUUUAAGUUUCAUAGUAAAACACAUUAAGGACAGAGAUCCUACAUGGGGAGCCUGUACCCAGUGACUCCCGUUGUUGAUUUAACAAUUGGCACUUUUAUUUAUGACAUCAGCAAUCACCCGAGACUCCUGCCAUGAGCUGUCCAGGCUAUGGAAGCCCCUUGAGUUCACCAACUCUGAACUUGUUUAGUCAAGGCCAUAUCACAGUGGAGGUUCCUUCCUCCCUUCAGAGAAAGGCGCCUCCCUCCUUGAUGGCCUGUUUCUUCUGCUGGGGUCUUGUUCACCUGGAUCUUUCAUUUAGAUUGCUUUUUGCCACCGUGUCAUGGCUUCCCAUGCCUGUGAGACUCUCAUGGACCUUUUAGCCAGAUCCGAAUGUCCCAAGGGUUGAUUCUGAGGCAAGAGUGCUGUUUUGGGCCUUCGCCAUUCUAUGAGUCUGCUGUGUGUCCUGCUUCCCCCACAGGAUCAUUCUCUCCCUUUUAAUUCUGUCCUUCAUUGUUUGCUUACACUGGUCUUAUUUGUGAAAUCUCUUCGACACUUACCCUAUCUUUUUGAUCGGUUGUGUAUUUAUACUUAUCACUUUACCAAGUGCACUGGCAUUGGUACCUGCCUCCUUGGUAAGAUUGAGCUGAAAUCCCCUGGCACAUUUCUAGUUCCAUCAUUGGAGGUAAGUCUGAGUGAGCAUGUGCUGACCUAUAUAUCUCCUCCCUCUCUUAUUCCCACUCCUAUGUUUAACAGAGAUCACUUUUCUGUUAAUUUUAAACACCUAAGAAUGAUUGUGCAUUGAUUACAGAGUUCAACCAGUGGUCUUAUGUAGAACAAACAGAGCAACAACAACAACAAAAAUACUAAAAGGAAUAAAAUAGUAAGUUGUUCCUCAACAGUCUAGACAAGGGCUGAUCAUGUCAUUGUCUCUCAUAGUGUCCAUUUCACUUCAAUGGGUAUCAUUUUAGAUGCUCAUUUAGUUGCCAUCAAUCAGGGAGGACAUAUGAUAUUUGUCCCUUUUGGACUGGCUUAUUUCACUCAGCAUGAUGUUUUCCAGCUUCUUCCAUUUUGUUGUAAAUGCCCGGAUUUCAUUGUUUUUUACUGCUGUAUAGUGUUCCAUAGAGUACAUAUCCCAUAGUUUCUUUAUCCAGUCAUCUGUUGAUGGACAUUUAGGUUGAUUCCAUGUUUUAGCUAUUGUGAAUUGAGCUGCAACAAAUAUUGAGGUGCAAAUCGCUCUUUUUUUCUCCCCUUUAAUUCCAUUUGGGUAUAUUUCAAGGAGUGGGAUGGCUGGGUCCUGUGGUAGUGCUAUAUUCAGGUUUCUGAGGAUUCUCCAGACUGUCUUCCAUAGUGGCUUUACCAGUUUGCAUCCCCACCAACAGUGGAUUAGUGACCCUUUUUCCCCGCAUCCUCGCCAGCAUCUGUUGUUGGUUGAUUUCUGUAUGUAAGCCAAUCUAACUGGAGUGAAGUGAAACCUCAUUGUGGUUUUGAUCUGCAUUUCCCUGAUGGCUAGGGAUCCUGAGCAUUUUUUCAUGUGUCUUUUGCCAUUUGGAUUUCCUCUUUUGAAAAAUGUCUGUUAAGGUCCUUGGUCCAUUUUUUAUUGGGUUGUUUGUUUUGAUUCUAUGGUGUUUUUUGAUCAUUUUAUAGAUUCUAGUUGUUAAUCCUUUAUCUGUUGUGUAGUUUGCAAAUAACAUCUCCCAUUCUGUUGGUUGCCUCUUCACUUUCCUGACUGUUUCCUUUGCUGUAAGGAAACUCUUCAAUUUGAGGUAAUCCCAUUUGUUUAUCUUAUCUUUGAUUACCCGUGCCUCUGGGGUCUUCUCCAGGAAUUCUUCACCUGUUCCAAUACCUUGAAGGGUUUCCCCUAUGCUCUCAAUUAGUUUCAUGGUGUCGUGGCGCAUCUCUAGUUCUUUGAUCCAUGUUGAGUGGAUUUUUGUAUAAGGUAUAAGGUAGGGGUCUUGCUUCAUACUGUGAAAUGUGGACAUCCAGUUUUCCCAGCACCAUUUGUUGAAGAGGCUGUCCUUGUUCUAGGGGUUGGUUUUAGGUCCUUUGUCGAAUAUGAGUUGGUUAUAGAUAUUUGGAUUGAUCUCCGGUGUUUCUAUUCUGUUCCAUUGGUCUAUCCAUCUGUUUUUGUACCAAUACCAGGCUGUUUGAUUAUAACUGCCCUGUAGUAUGUCUUGAAGUCUGGAAUUGUGAUGCCUCCAGCCUUUUUUUUUUUUUUUUUUAUUGUAAAGGAUUGCCUUAGCUAUUCUGGGUCUCCUGUUUCUCCAUAUGAAUUUCAGCAUCAUUUUUUCUAGGUCUUUGAAGAAUGACUUUGGUAUUUUGAUUGGUAUUGCAUUGAACUUGUAAAUUGCUUUUGGGAGAAUGGACAUUUUGAUGAUAUUGAUUCUUCCAAUCCAUGAGCAUGGCAGGUUUUUCCAUUUUUUUGUGUCGUCUUCUAUUUCUUUCUUUAGUGUUUUGUAAUUUUCAUCAUAGAGGUCUUUGACAUCCUUGGUUAAAUUUAUUGCAAGGUACUUUAUUGUUUUUGUGGCUAUUGUGAAUGGGAUUGAUCUUAGAAGUUCUUCCUCGGCCCUGGCAUUAUCUGUGUAUACAAAGGCUGUUGAUUUCUGAGCGUUGACUUUGUAUCCUGCUACUUUACCAAACUCUUCUAUGAGUUCCAAUAGUCUCUUAUAGGAGUUUAUCAGGUCCCAUAUAUAUAGUAUCAUGUCAUCUGCAAAUAGGGAUAGUUUAACUUCCUCCUUUCCUAUUUGUAUCCCUUUAAUUUCUUUUUCUUGCCUGAUGGCCCUGGCUAACACUUCUAGGACUAUAUUGAAUAGCAGUGGUGAGAAUGGGCAUCCCUGUUUGGUGCCAGUUUUCAAUGGAAAUGCCUCCAACUUUUCCCCAUUCAAUAUGUUGCUGGCCGUUGGUUUAUCAUAGACUGCCUUAAUUGUGUUGAGGAAUGUUCCUUCUAACCCCAACUUGCUUAGGGUUUUCAUCAUGAAAGGGUGUUGUAUUUUUUCAAAUGCUUUCUCUGCAUCUAUUGAGAUAAUCAUAUGAUUUUUGUUUCUCAAUUUAUUAAUGUGAUGUAUUACAUUGAUUGACUUUCAAAUAUUGAACCAUCCCUGCAUACCAGGGAUAAAUCCCACUUGGUCCAGGUGAAUGAUCUUUCUGAUGUGCAGUUGGAUUUGGUUUGCCAGAAUUUUGUUGAGUAUUUUUGCAUCUAUGUUCAUCAGGGAGAUAGGUCUGUAGUUUUCUUUUUCUGUUGUGUCUUUUCCGGGCUUAGGAAUUAAGGUGAUAUUGGCUUCAUAGCAAGAAUUUGGGAGGAUUCCCUCCCUUUCAAUCGUUUUGAAUAAUUUGAGAAGAACUGGGGUUAGUUGUUCUCUAAAUGUCUGGUAAAAUUCGGCAGUGAAGUCAUCCGGUCCUGGGCUCUUCUUUUUCAGUAGUGCGUUUAUUACUGAUUCAAUUUCUUCCAUGGUUAUGGGUCUGUUUAGAUUUUUCUAUAUCUUCAUGGCUCAGUUUAGGAAGGUUGUAUGUGUCCAAGAAUCUAUCCAUUUCUUCCAGGUUCCCCAAUUUGUUAGCAUACAUCUCUUUGUAGUGGUUUCUGAUGAUUUUUUUUUUUUAUUUCUGUUGUGUCUGUUGUUACAUUUCCAUUACUAUCUUUGAUUUUACAGAUUUGGGUCUUCUCUCUCCUUUUUUGGUUAGUUGGGCCAAUGGUGUGUCAAUUUUGUUUAUUUUUUCAAAGAACCAGCUCCUAGUUUUGUUGAUCUUUUGUAUUGUUUUUUUGGUUUCAAUUCUGUUUAUUUCUUCUCUGAUCUUUAGUAUUUCUUUCCUCCUUUUAGAUUUGGGCUUGAUUUGCUGCUGUUUUUCUAAAUCCUUGAGGUGCAUGGAGAGUUCAUUUGUUUGGUUCCUUUCCAGCUUCUUGAUGUAGGCACCAAUUGCUAUAAACUUUCCUCUUAGCACUGCUUUUGCUGUUUCCCACAGGUUUUGAUAGGUUGUGUUAUCAUUUUCAUUUGUUUCUAGAAAUCUUUUGAUUUCUCUUUUAAUUUCUUCGAUGACCCACUGUUCGUUUAGGAUCAUGUUGUCCAUUCUCCAUACGUUUGCAUAUGGUGUAGAAAUUCUUGGGUUGUUGAUUUCGAGUUUCACUGCACUAUGGUCUGAGAAGCUGCAUGGUAUAGUUUCAGUUUUUUUGAAUUUGUUGAGACUCCCCUUAUGGUCUAGCAUAUGGUCAAUCCUAGAGAAUGUUCCAUGUACUGGGGAGAAAUACGUGAACUUUGUGGCUGUGGGGUGGAAGGUUCUGAAGAUAUCUAUUAGGUCUAUUUGGUCUAUGGCGUCAAUUAGCUCAGUUGUUUCCUUGUUGAAUUUCUGUCUGGUUGAUCUGUCCAUUGGUGAGAGUGGGGUGUUGAAGUCCCCUGUUACUAUUGUAUUUGAAUCUAUAUCUCCCUUUAAAUCCUUUAGUAAUUCUUUCAGGUAGCCAGGCGCCCUGUAAUUAGGUGUGUAUACAUUUAUAAUAGUAAUGUUUUCCUGUUGGGAUAGAUCCUUUAAUCAUUAUAUAGUGCCCUUCUCUGUCUCUUUUAACAGUUUUUAUGUUAAAGUCUAUUUUAUUGGAUGUUAGGAUGGCCACACCAGCUCUUUUUUGAUUUAUGUUAGCUUGGAGUAUCUUUUUCCAUCCUUUCACUUUCAGUCUGCGUGCAUCUUUGCUGAUAAGGUGUGUCUCCUGAAGGCAACAUAUAGAUGGAUUCUCUUUCUUGGUCCAAUCAGCUAGUCUGUGUCUCUUGGUAGUAGAAUUAAGACCAUUCACAUUCAGUGUGAUUAGUGUUAAGUACUGUCUUUUCCCAUUCAUGUUUCCUUAAACGAGCUGUUUAUGUAUUUUGAACUUUGUUUGUAGGUUACUCUACAUUCGCUUUUUUUUUUUUUUUUUUGUAGUGAGGUUCUUGUUUUUGUAUUUCUGUGUGCAGCACGUCUUUGAGCAAGUGUUGUAGGGUUGGACGUGUGGAUACAAAUUCUUACAGUUUCUGUUUGUCUUGGAAGAUCUUUAUUUCCCCUUCAUUCAUAAUUGAUAGCUUUGCAGGGUAUAGUAUUCUAGGUUGGCAUUGUUUGUCUUUUAAAACUUGAAAUAUAUCAUGCCAUUGUCUCCUUGCCUGUAGUGUUUGCAGUGAGAAGCCUGGGGUGAGUCUGAUUAACUUAUCCCUGUAUGUGAUUUGUCGUUUUUCUCUGGCACAUUUUAAGAUUUGUUCUUUGUGUGUCACUGAGCUGAGUGUUGCCACAAUGUGUCGUGGUGAAUUUCUCUUCCGGUCUACCCUGUUCAGAGUCCUGGCUAUCUGUUGAAUUUGCCUGUUGUUAUCCAGCUGCCUUUGUUUGAAGUUUUCUGAUACUAUUUCAUUGAAAACAGCUUCCAAUCCAAUCUCUCUUCCCACCCCCUCAGGGACUCCUAUUAUCAGAACAUUACACCGUUUGAUUGAAUCUUGUAGGUUUCUGACCAUAUUUUUUAAUUUUUUAAUUUCUUCUUCCUGUGUUUGAACUGACUGUAUUAUUUCUGGAAGUUUGUCUUCGAAUUCUGAUAUUCGGUCUUCUAUUUCAUCUAUUCGAUUUCCAAGGGAUUCCACAGUGUUUUUUAUAUGGUCAAUUGAGUUUUUCAUUUCCAGUAUUUCAUUCUGGCUUCUCUUUAGGAUCUCUAAUCCUUGGGCUUGUUUUUCGUUCAGCUCUCGACACUGUUUCUCAUUAUUUCUAAGUAAUCUGAUCAUUAAUUUUCGGAAUUCUUUUUCUGGCAUGGUUUCAAAUUAAGCCCAAAUGUAAACAAACAAGAUGGCUGCUUCCCACCCACUGCAGCUCCGAUUUGGAGGAGAGUAGAGGCAGCAAGGGUUCCUAGCUUGUUUAGUCCUUCAAUUAGUCCCCCUGAAUUGCGCACUCUUUCCGCAGGCACUACUCACUCUGUUCCAUUUUCUAUUUCCUCCCCCCACUCAGUCGUGCAUGUCUCAGUGUCCGUCCCAGGGUGGGUUGGAGGAGGGGUGGCAGCUGCUGUUGCCACGGUGCUGGGUGAGUGCUCUGGCUCACCUUGGCUUCCAGCGCUGGUACGUACACACUCCUGCUGGUGUCCUGCGCUUCAGGCGUCUGUGUCCUCCUCACAGGUCCACCCUGCCGCCCCAGUUUCGGAAGAGCUUCCCUUUCCCUGAAACUACAAAUUCUCACCCCUCUUUGAACCUUCCCUUCCCGGACCAUCCAUGUGCUCCUUCCCUAUUCUGCCAUCUUCAACCAGCGGCUUAUUCUUUCAACCCAUAAGGAGUUGUUUUUCUCCCUUGUCACUCUCAAAUCUAAUGAUUUUUAAAUUGGGUACAACUUCUUAAGAAGGGUUGAAAGUUAUGAGAGUAACCAAGGGAACUAUUGUUCUAAACAAAUGACAUGAAGUAUACAAAAUUGUAUUUGAAAUGUACAAUUACAUUUUAUUCAUAUGUAAUAAAAACUUACAUAGUAAGUACUGAAAUUCCAUAAAUGUAUCAAAUCAUAUUUUGUGAUACCAAUUGUCAGUAUUUAUUUAGAAUUUAAAUUUAUUAAGUACAUUUUAAUGCUAUAUACAGAUUCUAGAUAAAACCUCCCUUGUUUGUUUAGUGAAAAUAGAAACAAUUUCCUUCUAAACUUCUACAAAUUGGUUUCUUCUUGCAAAUUAACUUGCUCUCUGAAACAAUUUUUGCACAAAUUUCUUAGUUAAUGUCUUGAAUUUCUCAGGCCAUUGAUAAGAUUUAUUUAAGAUUUCUAUGUUAUCUAUGUAAGGCAGGACUGAUUUGAACUGGUUUACUUGUAAGAAAAUGAAGGGAAGUUAACAAUAAAAUAAGAACCCAUCCUCCAUAAAAGUUCACAUCUGAAAAUUUGGAUUUUUUUUUUUUAGCCAUAUAACUUAACCAGCAAAUACCUUUUCUGCUAAUUAAAUCCUUACCAUGUUAGGACCAAGAUGCUCUUCUCCAAUCAUUGUCAUUGCCAUUAUGCCUGAGCAUUAAAUCAAACUUUGCAAGGCUGAGCACUAGUGGUCAUUGGGAUUUUAGAGAAACCUAGUUAUCCUGGAAGUCCAUACUCCUUUUGGAGUCUUGAGAGAAGUCCUACAGUUUGGAGGUAGGUAGUCAAUCUAGAAAAUGUUUUAUUUAUAUAAAAUAUAUUUUUGAUUGAUUUUUUUUUCCACUAAGAACUCAUUGAACCUUAGUGAUUGGGUAGGGGAGAAUGGAUAAGAAAUAAGGCGCUCCCAGCCUCCUUUCCCUCAGCACAACCUCAACCAUUGGAGUAUUUUUUCAUUACUUUACGAAGUUUUAGGAAACAAUUGUGUGAAUGAAUUAGCUCCAAUCUUCACAUUUUGGACGACAUGUCAAAAUUUUAGGAAAUUCUGAAUGUUUUUCACAAUGGUCAGUGCAGAAGUCAGCCAUUUUGUCCAUGUAAACAGCUGUGUGGAAGUGGAGUUUUAUUGAUGAGCACGUCAUAGAUCUUACCCAUAUUUAGUCCUAUGCUUAGAAACCAUAAGGUGCUAAAGACUUGUAUUGUCAUUUUCUCUUGAGCUGAAGUAAUUUUGAACCAUGCUUACCUUGGGCUGUGGGUGGCAGGGAGGGGCUGCCAAUAGGAAGGUAAUACAUAUGUAGUGUGAUUGGUUGCUUUCUGAGAUGAACUGUAUACUUAACACAUGGUGUGCUUUUUUAUUAUCAGAUUGGAAUCCAGCUGAUACUCCUUUAUAUACUUGAUUAUGCUGCUGUUGCCUGCAGGGAAACAGUGUGCAGACAUUUUCAAAAUGUAUUUAAAAUGAAGGGCAUUCUGCUUUUUUUUUUUCUUCUCUUUUUAAGUGGCAAAGUCAAUCUCAGUGUCUCAAGUCUGGAUUUAGGCAACUACAUUUGUUAGCACUUUUUAAUCAUAUCCCUUAGCAUGUUGUUUAUUUAGUUUUUACCUAAAUGUUUACUUGUACUUUUGAGGUUUUCCUAACAUGGUCGUGUUUUGUAAUGUAAAUUUUAUUAAACACCAUAUGCAUAUUUUCAUUCUUCUGCUAAACAUGUAUUGUGUGCACUCAUCUAAAUUUUAAAAUAUUAAAAAUUAUUUCAAGAUAA